AGGAUCCUGAUGGCCAGAUGAGUGCAGAGAAGGAGGAGGCGAGGCGCAUUGCAGAGAUGGGAAAGCCCAUCUUGGGAGAGCACAGCCGGCUGGAAGUGGUCAUUGAGGAGUCUUAUGAGUUCAAGGUAUGUAGCCCCUCUUCUCCCCUGCUUCACUCUAUUGGCCACAUCAGAGCUCAGUAUAUGUAUCAAGCAUCUCAGGAUCUAGGAUCAGUUCCAUCAUGUCCAUAUCAUCUUAUUCAUUGUUAUCUACUAGGCAAAACUGAUCCAAGAUAACAUACAGCCCCAGAGCCACACAGUGGAUUAACACCAACCAUUCUGAGGACAGACAUUGAGCACAGUGGAGGGUCGUUCCACUUCAAAAAAUCCAAUGCAAGUUAAUGGUACCAAUAUUAGCAUUUUCACGCUUCGUAUCCAAAUAAUCUAUAAGUAACAUUAUUGAGUUACACAAUCCAUUUUUAGAUACUUUAGGAUGAUUUGGGCAUGAAGCGUGAAAAUGCUAAUAUAGGUACCAUCGACUUGCAAUCGAUUUUUUGAGGUGGAACGACCCUCCACUGUGCUCAGUGUCUGUCCUCAGAAGGGUUGGUGUUUAAGCUAAUUGAUUAAUCAAUUUUUCAUCAAGUGAACCAACGGUUGUGACGGAUGACAGCUAGCUCAUUGAAGUCCUAUAUCACCAUGCCUAGGGAUUUAAUCCACUCAGUCCGUGUGCCUCUUUUGACUUGAUAAAGAUGAAUUUAUUAUUUACAAUAAGAUUGCGCUUGUCACUCAUCAUUUGUAGUAGCACAAAACAAACACAACAGGUAAUUGAACUCUCAAGUAAUUUCAAUGACUGGAACUUGGCUUUAUGAAAUCCUAGAUCAAUGUCACAUAAUUUAAUAGCAUUGUUUGCUCUAUGGAUGGGUGAAUGGAUAUGCACAAAAAAGACCAGUGAGAAAUGUUUACACAGGUGAUGACGUUUCCACAUUUAGAAAACAAGAAGUAAACACUACUACCGCUGAGCAUCACAUACUGUAUGCCCAGGCAGCUCCUAUAUCAUGGCAGUCAAAGAGUACUUUCACAUCAGUGGAGGCUGGUGGGGGGAGCUAUAGGAGGGUGGGCUCAUUGUAAUGGCUGGAAUGGAAUAAAUCGAAUCUUAUCAAACAGGUCAAACAUAUGGAAACCACACGUUUGACUCUGUUCCAUUGAUUCCAUUCCAGCCAUUACAAUGAGCCCGUCCUCCUAUAGCUCCUCCCACCAGCAUCCACUGGUUUACAUGUGCACUAAUAAUUCGAUAUUAAACUGAUUAUGGUAGCCGACAAUGGCAAUAGUCAUGUAAACACUUACUCUGUUUAUCUUCAUCCGGUGUGAUGUCAAAUCGAAGUAAACAUACACCGAUUAAACACUGAGCAAUCUUUCCAAUAAUUAGGACAUGUGAACUUAAUCAUUGUUCUAGCGGUGCAUUUCAUCUACGCAUUUAUAACCUGGCUUCUGUGGUAGAACGUUUAUUUACCCCAUCAGGUAGCCUGACAUCAGGUAGCCUGACAUCAGGUAGCCUGACAUCAGGUAGCCUGACAUCAGGUAGCCUUAAACAUGAUUAUUCAGAAAAUCGUUCUUCUUGCAAAGCAUGUAAAUAUUUUAAAGAAACUAUUAUAUUAAUCCGACUAUCCACAAUAAUCAUAUUAUUGUGUGCAUGUAACCAUACUCAUUAUUAAAUAUAACAGUAUUUACCAGUUUUCUAAAGGCUGAUGUCCAUCGCCUAUAGUCCCCAGUCUUGCAGAGGUUUACCCACAGUGGUGAGACCUUUCUAUCCAAUGAAACCUCCUAUCCAGUUGGGUUUAGCUAGGGUGCUUCAUAGAAUGGUUUUAUUGGUUUGAUUGAGUAGGAGGAAGUUACAGUUUGGUACAGUCGGACUUGAGUGCUGGAUAUGAUGCUUUCCUUUACUGUCUGAGUGGAUCCCAGGACUCAGCAUGUGGUUUGCUGUGCUUGCUUGGGAGGAGUGUCCUUAUAUACAGAUGUGGCAUCGUGUGUGUGUGUGUGUGUGUGUGUGUGAGUGGUUACAGUGAAACCAAAUACUGCUAUUGAGAAUUCAUAUGACCCCAGACAUGGACCCCAGAAAGAGUAGCUGCUGCUAUCGCAACAGCUAAUGGGGAUCCUAAUAAAAUACCAAAUAUUACUGCACUUCUCAUGGUAACGAUGCCACUGUCUCUAACUCUUCUAGGCGUUCUUCAUUAGAGUUCCGGUCACACAAAUGAGUUUGCGUUCUUCUCUAUAAUAGGACGUUGACAAUGCCCUCUUUGUUUGUGAUUGGCAGAGCACCGUUGACAAGCUCAUUAAGAAGACCAACUUGGCUCUUGUGAUUGGCACUCACUCCUGGAGGGAGCAGUUCGUGGAAGCUGUGACUGUCAGCGCAGGUCAGCUUUUGUUUUUUUUGUGUGUGUGUGUGUGCGUGCGUGCGUGUGUGUUUGUGUGCGUGUGUGUGAUUUCUAUUGAGUGAGAGAAAGAUGAAUAAGGUGAGUCUCACUGUUAACAUUGUAUUAUACACAUACACUGACUAGAGCCAUAAUGAAGGACUUUACAGCUGCUUUAUGAAUGUAAUUACUCGCUCAUGCAUUGAAUAGCGGUCUGAGGGCUUUUUGUCCAGAGCCAUAAUUACAUCAGAUAUUUGGAGUCCUUUAUUUUUCUUCCAAAGAGCAGCCAAGCUUUUCAUUUAGGAAGUGAGUGUUAGCUUGCUUGUUAAGUGUGACAUGUAACAUGUGAGGACACUGUCCCUUCAUUUCGGAACCUCAUUAUAACAGGAAAUAACUUGUUUGAAAGGUGAUAAUUGCAAACCAUCAGACUUCAUAUAACAAGGUUUCUGUAAUAUUUAUGUUGGUAAUAUCUAUUAUAAAAUGUAAUAGUGACUUUAGAAAGCAAAGCUUUCUUCCACAGUGUUGAGAUAAUGGGAGAGAUGUCUGUGUCUGGUGUAAUAGCGCUCCCUGGUGGACAGUUAUAUUAAUUACAGACAAACAUGUCUCACCGUAAUCCAAAAAUACACAAAGUAAUACACAAAACGUGGUGUGUGUGCGUGUGUGUGCGUGUGCGCGCGCGCGUGUGCGCGCGUGUGUGUGUGUGCGUGUGUGUGCGUGUGUGUGUGUGUGUGUGUGUGUGUGUGUGUGUGUGUGCGCCAGUGAAGGCUCCUCAGAAGAGGAAGGGGAGGACCAUCCUCCUGAGUGAAUUUAAUAAAAAUAAAAAUAAUGAAGCAUUAAAAACGUUAUCCUUUUUAGAUAAUAUUAUACUAUAAAUAUACUCACAUGUCACCAAACAAUUGAUUCAAACACACUGUUUUGCAGUGGUCCACAGUAACCUCAACAGCACUCUGUAGGGUAGCACCAUAGUGUAGCUGGAGGACAGCUAGUUACACAGUAAUAAUGACAACUUCCGGAGGACGUCCUCCAACCUAUCAGAGCUCUUGCAGCAUGAACUGACAUGUUGUCCACCCAAUCAAAGAAUCAGAGAAUGAAUCUAGUACUGAAAGCAUAAGCUACAGCUAGCACUGCAUAAAAUGUGGUGAGUAGUUGACUCAAAGAGAGAGAAAGAUAAUAGUUCAACAGCAAAUUAUUUUUUUCAAAAAUGAAGGAGAAGCGAGAGAGAGAGAGCGAGAGAGAGAUAGAGAGCUAGCUAUAUUUCGUUGUAUUUUUUAUUCACUUUCACUUACUUAGCUAGCGAAUGCAGCAAGCUAGAUUAGCCUACUCAAACACCCAGCUCAAACAAAGAGGGAUGCUAUGUUAGCUAGCUGUCUUGGCUAUCCAACACGAACUCUUCCAAGUCAAGGUAAGCUUUUGGUUUGAUUAAUUUAUUGCCACCGGGGCCCACUGGUGUAACUGCUAAACUGCUUGCUGACUGUACACUGUACUGCAUGAUUGUAGCGGGUUUAUUAACGCGUUAGUUCUAUUAGCUAUGUUGACUAUGUUCCGUUAGCUAAUUUGGUGACAAUUAUGUAGGCUGUGUGUAGCGGUUAGCUUUUAUGAUAUGAAGGUUUGGCUUGGAAAGUUUUUUUUGCCUGGUCACAGACAGCUGAUGUGUUGUGCACUGAAGUCCACAAGCGAAGGGAAAAGGUGAGAGGAGGAGAGCGUGUAGAUGUGAGAAGGAAUAUACAACGAGCAAAGUGAUCAUGCUGUUUGUAUGUGGCUGCUAUGAAAGUGAACUGUGUUUGCGUGUGAUCAUGAGUGUAUUCAUUCCACCGAUUCUGUUGAAAAAUGUUUCUUAAACAGAAGCAAAUGGAACGAAACGGGGAUAAACAUACCUGAAAUUGUCCAAUAUAAACUGUCGUUUGCAACUGUUGGACUAAUCAAUACACCCUAGAUCAGCUAGAUGCAAGCAUUAGUGUGCAAGGCGGUACUGAAUGUGUCACUGUCUGUCACUUUGAUUAAUCUAAUUUUUCUCUCGACCUGUACAUCUAGGUUGUAAACUUUCAUAGGCUAGGUUGUAGCAAUCUCAUGAUGGGUAUAGGGAAAAGUAGAGUAUCGUGUAAUAGCCUAAACCUAUCGAUGUUACGUUGAGCUGGGUGAAUGGAAUAUGAAUGACAUUCAUCCAAUAUGCUGUAAUAGAUAUAAGGCCAUGCUCAUAAAAGUAUUUAUUGUCCUCCCUCAUCUUAAAUGGCACAAACACCACUGGUGUGCACCUGUGUAUGAGUGCAUGGGUGUGUUUGUGUAUGUGUCUCUUAUGUUUUACUGUGUCCCAGGUGAUGGUGAUGACGAUGACGAGGAGGGGCGUGAGGAGCGUCUGCCAUCCUGCUAUGACUACGUCAUGCACUUCCUGACGGUGUUCUGGAAGGUUCUGUUCGCCUUCGUUCCGCCCACCGAGUACUGGAAUGGCUGGGCCUGCUUCUUCGUGUCCAUCUCAGUCAUCGGCAUCCUGACUGCCAUCAUUGGGGACCUAGCCUCCCACUUCGGCUGCACCGUGGGCCUCAGAGACACUGUCACUGCCGUGGUGUUUGUGGCUCUGGGUACCUCCAUUCCUGGUGAGAGAUGAUAUACACUACAAGUCAAAAGUUUGGACACACCUACUCAUUCAAGGAUUUUUCUUUAUAAAAAAUUUUUUUUACAUUGUAGAAUAAUAGUGAAGACAUCAAAACUAUGAAAUAACACAAAUGGAAUCAUGUAGUAAACAAAAAAGUGUUAAACAAAUCAAAAUAUAUUUUAUAUUUGAGAUUCUUCAAAUAGUGUCACGAGAAUUUCUAUCUCUAAUCAUUACUAAGCUUUGAAUAAUUCCCAAAGGGUGUAAGGCUCUGGUUUAAUAAUGAAUUAAACAUUUUUACCAGUCUGCAAGAAUCAGUAUGUUUAUUCAGAGAGCACUCUGCCGCCAAAAACACACACACACCCUUUUUAUAUGCCUUCACACAAAGGAACUUUGCUCCGCCCACCUUUAGGCGGCCUGUACAUUUCCACAGUAUAGAAUGAUUAACCAGUUUCUAGGUCUCUGUGACACUCUGGCUCCGGGACGUUUGUAUUUGAGCCAGGGUGUAUUUUGUGUUGUUGGGUUUUGGUUUGGUUAUGUUGGGCAUUUGGGUGUAUUUCUAUGUUUGCAUUUCUGGUGGUUGUAUUUCUAGGUUUGGUCGAUGACUCCCAAUCGGAGGUAACGAGUGUCAGCUGUCGGCUCGUUAUCUCUGAUUGGGAGCCAUAUUUAUUCUGUAUGUUUUCCUGUGGGUAUGGUGGGUUUUUGUUCCGUUUCGGUCUGUGUACCGUGGACUUCAUGUUGAGUCGUCUUUUGUUUUGUAUUACGUGCUUUACUCUAUUAAAGUCAUGUUUCUUGGACACGCUGCGCCUUGGUCAUACUUGAACGACAUAGACCCUCGUGACAGAAAAACCCACCAUAAGAGGACCAAGCAGCGGGUCAAGCGGCAACAGGACCCAGCUCCAAAGGUCUGGACAUGGGAGGAGAUUUUGGACGGAAAAGGGUCCUGGACUUGGGAGGAAAUCCUGGAGGGGAUGGAUCGCCGUCCAUGGAGCGAGACAGUGGAGAGGCGACGGAGAGAGGAACAACGGCGUCGGCAGGGCCAUCGUCGGAGGGACGAGAGGCAACCCCAAAACGUUUUUGGGGGGGGGCACAUGGCUUGGGCGGUUGGGCAGCAGGAGGCUGCCACAGGGAGAUGUGGAGAGAAGGCUAUCGGAUUACGGGAGCCAUUGGCGAGUAGAGGGAGGGAAGUUGUUGUGGCACGGCAUGAGAGACUGAGGUGUGUUACCAGUCCGGUCCGGCCCGUUCCUGAUCCCCAGUUAAGGCCAGUGGUGUGUGUUCCCGGUACGGACCGGCCUGUUUCUACUCCACGCACCAGGUCCACGAUGUGCGUCGCCAGCCCAGCUCGGCCUGUUCCUACUCCACGCACCAGGUCCACGAUGUACAUUCCAGCUCCACGUAUCGGCCGGGUUAGAGUGAGCACUGAGCCGAAUGUCAUGAAGCCGGCCCAACGCAUCAGGCCACCAGUGCGUCUUCUCGGGCCGGCGUACAUGGCACCAGCCUUACGCAUGGUGUUCCCGGUUCGCCCACAUAGGCCGGUGCGGGUUAUUCCACCUCCCCGUACUGGUCGGGCGACGGGGAGCAUCAACCCGGGUAAGGUUGGGCAGGCUCAGUGCUCAAGGGGGCCAGUAAGCCUGCACGGUCCGGUAUUUCCGGCGCCACCUCCCCGCUCCAGCUCAGUACCACCAGUGCCUACACCACGCACCAAGCCUCCUGUGUGUUCCCCGAGUCCUGUGCGUCCUGUUGCUGCUCUCCGCACUAGGCGUUAUGAGAGUCCCCAGGGUCCAGUAUGCCCUGUUCCGGCUCUCCGCACUAGCCCUUAUGUGCGUCCCCAGGGUCCAGCAUACCCUGUUGCUUCUCCCCGCACUAGCCCUGAGAUGCGUGUCCUCAGCCCGGUACCUCCAGUUCCGGCACCACGCACCAGGCCUACGGUGCGCCUCAGACGGCCAGAGUCUGCCGUCUGCCCAACGGGGCCUGAACUGCCCGUCUGCCCAAAGGCGCUUAAGCCGCCCGUCUGCCAUGAGCCGGAGCCGUCCGCCAGACCGGAGCCGCUAGAGCCUUCCUCCAGACAGGAUCAGCCAGAGCCUUCCGCCAGCCAUGAGCAGCCAGAUCCGUCAGCCAGCCAUGAGCAGCCAGAUCCGUCAGCCAGCCAUGAGCAGCCAGAUCCGUCAGCCAGCCAUGAGCAGCCAGAUCCGUCAGCCAGCCAUGAGCAGCCAGAUCCGUCGGCCAGCCAUGAGCAGCCAGAUCCGUCGGCCAGCCAUGAGCAGCCAGAUCCGUCGGCCAGCCAUGAGCAGCCAGAUCCGUCGGCCAGCCAUGAGCAGCCAGAUCCGUCGGCCAGCCAUGAGCAGCCAGAUCCGUCGGCCAGCCAUGAGCAGCCAGAUCCGUCGGCCAGCCAUGAGCAGCCAGAUCCGUCAGCCAGCCAUGAGCAGCCAGAUCCUUCAGCCAGCCAUGAGCCGUCCAGCCAGGAUCCGCCAGAGCCGUCCAGCCAGGACCCGCCAGAGCCAGCCAGCCAGGAUCCGCCAGUGAGUCCGGUGCUGUCCCUUAUCCUGGUGCUGCCCCUUAGUCCGGUACUGCCCCUUAGUCCGGUGCUGCCCCUUAGUCCGGUGCUGCCCGUUAGUCCGGUGCCGCCCCUUAAUCCAGUGGGGUUUAGUUGGGGGGUGGUCAUGUGGAGGAGGCUACGGAAGCGGAUAGUGACUAAGGUGGGGUGGGGACCACGACCAGGGCCAGAACCGCCACCGUGGACAGACGCCCACCCAGACCCUCCCCUAGACUGUAUGCUGGUGCGCCCGGAGUGCGCACCUUUAGGGGGGGGGUACUGUGACACUCUGGCUCCGGGACGUUUGUAUUUGAGCCAGGGUGUAUUUUGUGUUGUUGGGUUUUGGUUUGGUUAUGUUGGGCAUUUGGGUGUAUUUCUAUGUUUGCAUUUCUGGUGGUUGUAUUUCUAGGUUUGGUCGAUGACUCCCAAUCGGAGGUAACGAGUGUCAGCUGUCGGCUCGUUAUCUCUGAUUGGGAGCCAUAUUUAUUCUGUAUGUUUUCCUGUGGGUAUGGUGGGUUUUUGUUCCGUUUCGGUCUGUGUACCGUGGACUUCAUGUUGAGUCGUCUUUUGUUUUGUAUUACGUGCUUUACUCUAUUAAAGUCAUGUUUCUUGGACACGCUGCGCCUUGGUCAUACUUGAACGACAUAGACCCUCGUGACAGUCUCCUUCCUCCUUGAAUGUUUGUCUCAGCAGUUUCUAACCCCCUCCUCUGUUAGUGGGUUUAUUACUACCUUAUAACUCUAACACAGUUUACACAGUCAUACAGUAUCGGGGUGGAACAAUUUUAGUCAUUACCAUAAACAUACAAAUUCAUCUAUCAAAUAGCCACCCUUUGCCUUGAUGACAGCUUUGCAAACUCUUGGCAUUCUCUCAACCAGCUUCACCUGGAAUGCUUUUCCAACAGUCUUGAAGGAGUUCCCACAUAUGCUGAGCACUUGUUGGCUGCUUUUCCUUCACUCUGCGGUCCAACUCAUCCAAAACCAUCUCAAUUGGGUUGAGGUCAGGUGAUUGUGGGGGCCAGGUCAUCUGAUGUAGCACUCCAUCACUCUCCUUCUUGGUAAAAUAGCCCUUGAGGUGUGUUGGGUCUUUGUCCUGUUGAAAAACAAAUGAUAGUCCCACUAAGCCCAAACCAGAUGGGAUGGCGUAUCGCUGUAGAAUGCUGUAGGUAGCCAUGCUGGUUAAGUGUGCCUUGAAUUCUAAAUAAAUUACAGACACCAGCAAAGCACCCCCACACCAUAACACCUCCUCCAUGCUUUACGGUGGGAAAUACACAUGUGGAGAUAAUCCGUUCACCCACACUGCGUCUCACAAAGACACGGCAGUUGGAACCAGAAAUCUCAAAUUUGGACUCCAGACCAAAGGACAAAUUUCCACCGGUCUAAUGUCCAUUGCUCGUGUUUCUUGGCCCAACCAGGUCUCUUCUUAUUAUUGGUGUCCUUUAGUAGUGGUUUCUUUGCAGCCUGAUUCACACAGUACUCUCUGAAUAGUUUAUGUUGAGAUGUGUCUGUUACUUGAACUCUGUGAAGCAUUUAUUUGGGCUGCAAUUUCUGAGGCUGGUAACUUUAAUGAAUUUAUCCUCUGCAGCAGAGGUAACUCUGGGUCUUCCAUUCCUGUGGCAGUCCUCAUGAGAGCCAGUUUCAUCAUAGCGCUUGAUGGUUUUUGCAACUGCACUUGAAGAAACUUUAAAAGUUCUUGAAAUGUUCCUUAUUGACUGACCUUUAUGUCUUAAAGUAAUGAUGGACUGUCAUUUCUCUUUGCUUAUUUGAGCUGUUCUUGCCAUAAUAUGGACUUGGUAUUUUACCAAAUAGGGCUAUCUUCUGUAUACCACCUCUACCUUGUCACAACACAACUGAUUGGCUCAAACGCAUUAAGAAGGAAAGACAUUCCACAAAUUAACUUUUAAGAAGGCACACCUGUUAACUGAAAUGCAUUCCAGGUGACUACUUCAUGAAGCUGGUUGAGAGAAUGCCAAGAGUGAGCAAAGCUGUCAUCAAGGCAAAGGGUGGCUAUUUGAAGAAUCUCAAAAAUAAAAUAUAUUAUGAUUUGUUUAACACUUUUUUGCUUACUACAUGAUUCCAUAUGUGUUAUUUCAUAGUUUUGAUGUCUUCACUAUUAUUCUACAAUGUAAAAAAUAGUAAAAAUAAAGAAAAACCGUUGAAUGAGUAGGUGUGUCCAAACUUUUGACUGGUACUGUAUAUACAGUGGGGGAAAAAAGUAUUUAGUCAGCCACCAAUUGUGCAAGUUCUCCCACUUAAAAAGAUGAGAGAGGCCUGUAAUUUUCAUCAUAGGUACACGUCAACUAUGACAGACAAAAUGAGGAAAAAAAAUCCAGAAAAUCACAUUGUAGGAUUUUUCAUGAAUUUAUUUGCAAAUUAUGGUGGAAAAUAAGUAUUUGGUCAAUAACAAAAGUUUCUCAAUACUUUGUUGUAUACCCUUUGUUGGCAAUGACACAGGUCAAACGUUUUCUGUAAGUCUUCACAAGGUUUUCACACACUGUUGCUGGUAUUUUGGCCCAUUCCUCCAUGCAAAUCUCCUCUAGAGCAGUGAAAGAUGUUCUAUGGGGUUGAGAUCUGGAGACUGGCUAGGCCACUCCAGGACCUUGAAAUGCUUAUUACGAAGCCACUCCUUCGUUGCCCGGGCGGUGUGUUUGGGAUCAUUGUCAUGCUGAAAGACCCAGCCACGUUUCAUCUUCAAUGCCCUUGCUGAUGGAAGGAGGUUUUCACUCAAAAUCUCACGAUACAUGGCCCCAUUCAUUCUUUCCUUUACACGGAUCAGUCGUCCUGGUCCCUUUGCAGAAAAACAGCCCCAAAGUAUGAUGUUUCCACCCCCAUGCUUCACAGUAGUUAUGGUGUUCUUUGGAUGGAACUCAGCAUUCUUUGUCCUCCAAACACGACGAGUUGAGUUUUUACCAAAAAGUUCUAUUUUGGUUUCAUCUGACCAUAUGACAUUCUCCCAAUCCUCUUCUGGAUCAUCCAAAUGCACUCUAGCAAACUUCAGAUGGGCCUGGACAUGUACUGGCUUAAGCAGGGGGACACGUCUGGCACUGCAGGAUUUGAGUCCCUGGCGGCGUAGUGUGUUACUGAUGGUAGGCUUUGUUACUUUGGUCCCAGCUCUCUGCAGGUCAUUCACUAGGUCCCCCCGUGUGGUUCUGGGAUUUGUGCUCACCGUUCUUGUGAUCAUUUUGACCCCAUGGGGUGAGAUCUUGCGUGGAGCCCCAGAUCGAGGGAGAUUAUCAGUGGUCUUGUAUGUCUUCCAUUUCCUAAUAAUUGCUCCCACAGUUGAUUUCUUCAAACCAAGCUGCUUACCUAUUGCAGAUUCAGUCUUCCCAGCCUGGUGCAGGUCUACAAUUUUGUUUCUGGUGUCCUUUGACAGCUCUUUGGUCUUGGCCAUAGUGGAGUUUGGAGUGUGACUGUUUGAGGUUGUGGACAGGUGUCUUUUAUACUGAUAACAAGUUCAAACAGGUGCCAUUAAUACAGGUAACGAGUGGAGGACAGAGGAGCCUCUUAAAGAAGAAGUUACAGGUUUGUGAGAGCCAGAAAUCUUGCUUGUUUGUAGGUGACCAAAUACUUAUUUUCCACCAUAAUUUGCAAAUAAAUUCAUAAAAAAUCCUACAAUGUGAUUUUCUGGACUAUUUUUUCUCAAUUUGUCUGUCAUAGUUGACGUGUACCUAUGAUGAAAAUUACAGGCCUCUCUCAUCUUUUUAAGUGGGAGAACUUGCACAAUUGGUGGCUGACUAAAUACUUUUUCCCCCCACUGUAUACUGAACACAAAUAUAAACGCAACAUGCAACAAUUUCAUUGAUUUUCUGAGUUACAGUUCAUAUGAGGAAAUCAGUCAGUUGAAAUAAAUAAAUUAGGCCCUUACCUAUGGAUUUCACAUGACUGGGAAUACAGAUAUGCAUCUGUUGGUCACAGAUACCUUAAAAAAAGAUGGGCCUCAGGAUCUCGUCACAGUAUUUUUGUACAUUCAAAUUGCCAUCGAUAAAAUGCAAUUGUGUUCAUUGUCCAUAGCUUAUGCCUGCCCAUACCAUAACCCCACCACCACCAUGGGGCACUCUGUUCACAACGUUGACAUUAGCAAACCACUCGCCCACACGACACCAUACACGUGGUCUACGGUUGUUAGGCCAGUUGGACGUACUGCCAAAUUCUCUAAAACAAUGUUGGAGACGGCUAAUGGUAGAGAAAUUAACAUGGAAUUAUCUGGCAACAGCUCUGGUGGACAUUCCUGCAGUCAGCAUGCCAAUUGCAUGCUCCCUCAAAACUUGAGACAUCUGUGGCAUUGUGUUGUGCGACAAAACUGCGAAAUUUUAGUGGCCUUAUAUUGUCCCCAGCACAAGGUGCACCUGUGUAAUGAUCAUGCUGUUUAAUCAGCUUCUUGAUAUACCACACCUGUCAGGUGGAUGGAUUAUAUUGGCAAAGGAGAAAUGCUGACUAACAGGAAUGUGAACAAAUGUCUUUCGUUCUCAAAACAAGGGACUGGGCGUACUGCCAAAUUGCAGAUACUGAUAGUGAGGAUUCACUCAGUCACUUGCAUGAACACAGAAAACGGUUAUUAGAAAAACACAUGAAUAGAACACAGAAAUGUAUUAUUAGAAAAGCACAAAAACAAAACUUUCCAUCACAGUGUGACUACAAUGAAACAUGUUUACGGUAACAGGUGUUGUCUAUGGUUGACUUAGUUAUGACAACAGUGUGACUAAGAUGCUGAAAGCUGCUCAUCAUCACCUAGUCACAGCCUCUUGACAGCUGUGAUGACAGGUACUUCACCUAUCUCUCACUUCUCUCACGUCUCUCCUUACCUCCCUCCCCUCCUCCCUCAGACACGUUUGCCAGCAAGGUGGCGGCCACGCAGGACCAGCACGCUGAUGCGUCGGUGGGCAACGUGACGGGCAGCAACGCGGUCAACGUGUUCCUGGGCAUCGGGGUGGCGUGGUCGGUGGCAGCCGUCUACUGGAAGGUGCAGGGCAAGGAGUUCCGCGUGGACCCGGGCUCCCUGGCCUUCUCCGUCACUCUCUUCACCAGCUUCGCCUUCAUCUGCAUGGGCGUGCUGCUGUUCCGACGGCGGCCCUCUAUCGGGGGGGAGCUGGGCGGGCCGCGGACAGCACGCAUCAUCACCAGCCUCCUCUUCCUGGGCCUCUGGUUCCUCUACGUCCUCUUCUCCAGCCUGGAGGCCUACUGCCACAUAGAGGGCUUC